CUCAGGUCUGAUGCUGUCGGCCUACUCCUGUGUUGGAGCUGUCCUGGAGGACAAGGCUCUGCUGGAGAGAGCGGCUCAGGCUGCUAACUUCCUGAAGGAGAACCUGUGGGACGCCGAGCGACAGACCGUCCUCCGGUCCUGCUACAGAGGAGAAGACAUGGAGCUGCAGCAGAUAUCUCCUCCUAUCUCCGGCUUCCUGGACGACUACGCCUUCCUGGUCUCAGGUCUGCUGGACCUGUACGAGGCGUCGCUGCAGACGCAGUGGCUUCAGUGGGCCGAGCAGCUACAGCUCAGACAGGACGUGCUGUUCUGGGACCAGCAGGACGGAGGGUACUUCUGCAGCGACCCCAAGACUCCUCCAUCCUGCUGCAGCUCAAGAAAGGUGGGGAGAUGA